UUAGAAGUACACGUCCUUACCCGCCAGUGUGUGUCGUUAGGCAUAAAUUAAAUGGCUCUUCAAAUAUUGUCCAGAUUCUCAAAGAUAAUACCCGUCGGGUCGAGGUUUCAUCUGACGACAUUCCGACUUCAAACCAGCGGCGGGUUUAAGGUGGAACACGACCGACGGAACCGGCGCUUCACCGUGUCUCCGAGCAGCGGCACAGGAGCAAAUGAGACUGCAACGCUUCUCUACAGAUUCACAGAAGCCAAGCAGGUGGAACUCAUGUCCACCUUUGUCCCCGAGUCUCACAGGGGGCAAGGUGUGGCCGCUCUGCUCUCAAAGGCUGCCAUUGACUUCCUGCUUGAGGAGAAGCUGAAGGCUCGAGUGUCCUGCUGGUACAUCAAGAAAUACAUUGAAGAACAUCCCCGUCAGGACUAUAAAGAUGUUAUCAUCAGCUGAGACCAUUAUCAGGUUUAUCCUGGCUGAAAACACUCAUGCACAAACACAACAUAGACCAUAUGCUGAAUAGUGACUGAUGCAUUUAAUUUGCACAAUUGAAAUGGACAUUCAGUAUUUAAUAAUUGUAAAUACGGUAUCUUAGAAGAUAAACAUGUUAAUUGUGAUUGUAUUGUUUGAUUUUUACAUUGCUUCUCUUAUCCAAAUAAUUCCUCGCAAAAAAGGUAUUUUUGUAGACAGGUAAAAGAGCAACACGCUGACGAGACGCAUUCUCGCUAACAUUGUUAGCUGCUGCCAGAAAACACAAGUUAGUGACAUUGUAAGAACACAAAAUAUUCAAGUGUUGCCUUCAGGGGCGCAGCGUCACCUUAUUUAGAAAGUGGUCGCUAGAAAAUAUUGCUAGAAUUGAAAAAUAUUAAUAGAAAGGUAGUUUUGAGCUGAUACUUAACCUGCCUUUGGUAUCGGUAUGAUUGAUAUUUGAUCAGAAGGUCGGACGGAUCUUAUUGUCGUUGGACAAGUACAACAACAAUUAAUUUUUAGCAGAAACCCGUUCGAGAGCAGAGACACAUUGUACAGGGUAACUGAACAGGAUUGCUGAUGGGUCGCCACUUCGGGGGUCUCGUAAAAAGUGGGAAAAAUGUAGGCGCGUGGGGAGAAUGAGUAAAAAAAAAGUCGAUCUCAGACUGAGCUUCUAUGGAGGGGGCUUCGUCUAUGCUUCGAUGGCCGAUGCUCAUAUACACAUGUUGACACGGAAACCACAAGACUUGCAACAGGAGGCGAGCAAAGCUGCUAGCCGCAAGGAGUGCUGCUCCGUUUUCCUUGAUACCAAAUGGGGUGAAACGUCGAAGGCGUGGGAUGGGGGCUUGGGGUGAGAGACAGAGGAGUUUGUUGCAUCUUCACUGCACUGUCCUCUGGGAGAGUCUCGAAGUAACAACCUUGCCACGUCGCUUGCAACCAGUAGAAAUAAUCCAGAUUAGAAUGUUUGUGUUUGAGCGAGCGAAAAAACAAAUUCAAACUUUUCACUCUAAAUGUCUAUGUGGGGUCCUCAAAUGUAUCAUACUUUGCAAUGCAGAGCAGAUGGUGUCUCCAAAAUGUCGUCAAGUUUGUACAUUAGUCCAAAAUCUCAAAUGUCAUAAAGCCAGGAAGUCUAAUAUUUGGAUCUAUCCACCCAGAAGGAACAUCUGGUUGGCUAAAAGUUGUAGCAUAAAUGGAGUGGAUGAAAACAUCUCAAAUUAGGGUAUUUGGAGCAGUGUGUGUGUGUUUGUGUUUGCCGGGUGGAUGGAGGCACCGCAUGGUCACAUGGGCAUGAGGAAGUAUUUUAAGGACAUGUAUUCACGUGUCAGUUGAGGAAACAGGAGGCAUGUUUGAGAUGCCAUCAUUUUUGUUUACCGCUUAAUUAUGUGCCAUAGCGCUUUAUUAUAUGCUUUGUUUCACUUCAUACCACUCGACUUCACGCCGCAAAAAGUCAAUAUGGUUGUGAGUUCAAACCCCGGCCGAGUCGUACCAAAGACUAUAAAAAUGGGACCCAUUACCUCACUCAGCAUCAAGGGUUGGAAUUGGGGGUUAAACCACCAAAAUGACUCAUGGGCGCGGCCACCCCUGCUGCCCACUGCUCCCCUCACCUCCCAGGGUGUGACCAAGGGGAUGGGUCAAAUGCAGAGGACAAAUUUCACCACACCUAGUGUGUGUGACAAUCAUUGGUACUUUAACUUUAACUUUAACAGUUUACAUCCUGUACACACACGCGGGCAUUUCGAAGAAUUUCGACAGCUAGCUGCACUUCUGACGUGUUUAUUUUCACAAUUGUCGUACCUUGCGCAGGUCAGCGCUGUGUCAGCCUGUCUUAGAAAUCACUUUGUGUGAUCGUAAACUGCUUUAAAUGUGUCCAAAAUCUCGUUGUAUUUGUACGGGUAUGUACUGUAUGUAUGUAUACAGUA